AUGUUAAAAUUAGGUGGAGAGACAAAGUCUUAUCUAUAAAAUUAGUAAUAAAAACUUUGUUUUGCUAAGUGGAUACGUCUUUUAGCACUGGGCCCUGACAUUUAUUGAAACGGACCCUGGUGAUCAAACUUCUGAGAGACUUUGUGAACAAUGUAUUAUCAAGACCAAGUCAUCCUUUCAAAAUAUCCAUUGCCAUCCUCCUAUCAUUUCAUUGAAGUUCCAUUACUUGUUUCAUUUUAUUCAAUUCAACCUUUUUAUUCACUUAUAACAUGGAACUCUCUUACAUACUUCUCGUUCUCUUCAUCAUCUUUCGCUUAUUCCACCUCCAACAUUAUGCUUAUGCUGAUGAUGAGAGGUACGAAGACUGCAACAAGCCCUUUGAGUGUGGAACUGUCUCUAACUUAAGUUACCCUUUCUAUGACGGUCACAUUCGUCCUGAUUACUGUGGCUAUCCCGGGUUUCAGCUUGACUGCAGCAGCAGUCCUCCAGAUAUCUCAGUUGCACCGUCAGAGAGGUAUUACGUUAUUGGGGUGAAACCAGAUCAGCCUAUUGUUACUGUUGCGAGAAAAGACUACUGGGAUGGUUACUGCCCUGGGACUCUGCAUAAUACCAGCAUAAACUUCGACCUCUUCAACUAUGUAGACCUGGAAGAUAAUGUCACCAUUUACUAUGGUUGUCCUGAUGUUUCUACCCCAAUGACUAAUUCUUUUAUCUGUGCAAACUUUAGUGAUGCUCGUAGUCCGUUUGGCUAUUUCGUUGCCAAUGAUUCAGAGUCCUCCCCCUCAGGCAAGAAUAUCCCACGGGAUGCAUGCAACAGAAGCAUUACUGUGCCUGUUACCAAUUAUGAAUCAUCUGCUCUGAGGAUAGUAGAUACAAUAAGCUUAAUGGCAGCAUUACGCUAUGGUUUUGAAUUAGAGUGGAAAGCAGAGAAUGAUGUGUGUAAUAAGUGUCGUAAAUCGGGUGGGGAAUGUGGGUAUAAUACUACUAUGAGUAGAUUUACUUGCUAUUGCCCUGAUCAGCCUUACGCUUCCAAAUGCCCUGGAUCGUCCCAUCUAAAGAAAGAGUUGAAGACUACACUGAUAAUUAUAGCUUCUUCAGUUUUAGGGUUGGCCCUGAUUGCAGUUGCACUACUUUCUUUCACAAGAACAAAGGCAUCUCAGAAACUUAUCUUAACAAAGGAAGAAAGAAAAGACAGCCAUGAUGUGGAAGUUAUGCUUAAGCGCUACGGAGAAUAUGCACCGAAAAGAUAUACCUAUGGGGAAAUAAAGAAAAUGACUAGUUGCUUUCAAGAAAAACUUGGUGAAGGCGGCUAUGGUGGUGUAUACAAAGGCAAACUACAAGAUGGUUCUCCAGUCGCUGUUAAGUUACUAAAAAAUCCUAAUUGCAAGGGAACAGAUUUCAUUAAUGAAGUUGCCAGCAUUAGUGAGACUAAUCAUGUUAACAUCGUCACUCUUCUAGGUUAUUGCUAUCAAGGACGCAAAAGAGCUCUAGUUUAUGAGUUCUUGCCUAAUGGUUCACUUGACAAGUAUAUAUACUGUGGUCAAAAUCAGAAUUCGAUAGCAUGGGAAACGUUACUCCAGAUUGUGAUAGGCAUUGGACGAGGCUUAGAGUACCUGCACCAAGGUUGUAGGACACGUAUUUUGCACUUCGACAUUAAGCCUCACAACAUACUGCUGGAUGCAAAAUUCUGUCCGAAAAUCUCAGAUUUUGGCUUAGCUAAGUCAUAUGUACAGACAAAGAGUUUGAUGACAAUGUCUGGCACAAGAGGCACACCAGGAUACAUUGCUCCUGAAGUAUUUUGUAGAGGCUUCGGUGGUGCUUCCCACAAAUCAGAUGUCUACAGUUUCGGGAUGCUUGUUUUAGAUUUAGUUGGUUGUAGAAAAAACAGUAUUGCUGGAAGUGAGAAGACGAGCAGUGAGCUAUAUUUUCCUCACUACAUAUAUAAGCAGUUUGAGCUAAAAGAGGACCAUGAGCUUCUGGGAAUCUCAAAUGAUGAAGAGAAAGUAAUACAAAAAAAAUUAGUUAUAGUUAGCUUGUGGUGCAUCCAAACGAAUCCUUCAAGUCGGCCAUCAAUCAGCAGAGCAGUGGAAAUGCUCGAAGGAGACAUCGAGUUACUGCAGAUUCCUCCCAUCCCUUCUCUAUCCUCUCCUCCUAAGUCACAUCAUCAACAUGAUUCAUCUACUAACAAUGCGACAUUAGAAUUACAGCUGACAAAUGGGUCAUCCGAAUAGGAGAUUGGUUCUAAGCAAUUUUGGAAAUGGGGGGCACUAUCAGCAACAUUUGAUUAUUGGUGUCACUAUUACGGAGUCACAAUUUCCCACAACAUCAACCAAUACACUUUCAAAGACCUAAUGCAUCUAACAAUUUUGUAAUUGGUUUCCUAAAAUCGUUGCUUUGGAAGGAUAUAAUUAGUCUCUAGAUUUAGCUCUUUGCAGAAGCAAGAAAUAGACAUCAGAUAAUCAAUUCAUGUUAAUAGCUUUUGUACUUGAACUCUUGAAGCAUUCCAAAAAUUUACAUUGCAUUUGCCUAA